AUGCACACGGAUGUUGUGCUGCUCAGCCUGCUGCUUUGGAUGGUCGGUGUGUCCGGGCAGAAGCGUCCGAGGGGGCAACUACUGCAGCCAUACAGACACGUCAGAUCGAAGCGAGAAAUGCCUCCAACAGAAGAAUCCGGUUGCAAGGUUGGCAGCCCCAUUUUCAAGAGGAGUCCAGACGUAACUAAAGCCUGGGGCACAAAGUCGGAGCACCUGCUGAGGCUAGAUGAACAUGACUUCACAAUGCGACCAGGAUUUGGGGGGCCUGCAGUCCCAGUUGGAGUGGAUGUUCAGGUUGAAAGUCUGGAUGCAAUUUCUGAGGUUGAUAUGGACUUUACAAUGACCCUGUAUCUGAGGCACUACUGGAAAGAUGAGCGUCUGUCCUUCAGAAGCAACAACAACCAGAGCAUGACUUUUGACGGCCGCAUAGUGAGGAAAAUCUGGGUACCCGACAUGUUUUUUGUCCACUCGAAGAAGUCCUUCACACAUGACACGACCACUGACAAUGUCAUGCUGCGUGUUUACCCCGAUGGAAAAGUCCUCUACAGUCUCAGGGUGACAGUCACAGCCAUGUGUAACAUGGACCUGAGUCAUUUUCCUCUCGAUACGCAGACAUGCUCUUUGGAGAUUGAGAGCUAUGCGUAUACGGAUGAUGACCUAAUGCUGUACUGGAAGGAAGGGAACAGGUCAUUAAACACAGAUGAGAGAAUUUCUCUCUCACAGUUCCGCAUUCAGGCGUUCCACACAACCACGAGGCUGGCCUUCUACAGCAGCACAGGCUGGUACAACCGUCUGUACAUCAACUUCACUCUUCGGCGUCACGUCUUCUUUUUCCUGCUACAGACCUACUUUCCUGCAACUCUGAUGGUCAUGUUGUCCUGGGUGUCAUUCUGGAUCGACCGCAGGGCCGUUCCUGCCAGAGUGCCGCUGGGUAUAACUACGGUACUCACCAUGUCCACCAUCAUCACUGGAGUCAACGCCUCCAUGCCCAGAGUCUCCUACAUCAAAGCUGUAGAUAUUUACCUCUGGGUCAGUUUUGUCUUCGUCUUCUUGUCGGUGAUAGAAUACGCUGCAGUCAACUACCUGUCUACGCUGCAGGAACGUAAGGAGAGGAAACUCCGAGAGAGGCUGCCAUGUACCUGUGGCGUGGCCCAUCCUGGCAUGAUGUCAUCCAGCUACAGCGAGGUGGACGCCAACACCACCGGGAACUAUGGCAUGCGUGAGGAGAAUGGGGUGAAACGGGAAAGGAUGCUAGUGCAGCUGGCAAUGGAGAGCGACCAGGUUACUGGCCACGUCGGCUCCACCGUCUACAGCAGCGUCUGGAUCGACACGCAUGCCAUAGACAAGUACUCCCGAGUCAUCUUUCCCGGAUCUUACGUCCUCUUCAACAUCAUCUACUGGGCCAUCUACUCCAUUUAA